AUGGCAAAAUCUGGGGCUCGACCCAGUGAUUCAUUCAUCAAACAGCGUACUGGGUCGGGUUCGAUCCUUCGGAUUAAGCUCGAGAAUUUCAUGUGCCACAGUAAUCUCCAGAUUGAGUUUGGCGAGUGGGUCAAUUUCAUCACCGGCCAAAACGGAAGUGGGAAGAGUGCAAUAUUGACUGCUCUGUGUGUUGCAUUUGGAUGUCGAGCGAAAGGGACUCAGCGUGCUGCCACUCUCAAGGAUUUCAUAAAAACUGGAUGCAGCUACGCUGUUGUUCAUGUAGAAAUAAAAAACCAAGGAGAGGAUGCUUUUAAGCCUGAAGUUUAUGGUGACAUCAUAAUUAUCGAACGCAGGAUAACCGACUCUACUAGUUCUACUGUUCUCAAGGAUCGUCAAGGGAAAAAAAUAAGUAGCCGAAGGGAGGAGCUACGGGAACUUGUUGAACAUUUUAAUAUUGAUGUUGAAAAUCCGUGCGUGGUAAUGAGUCAAGACAAGAGCAGGGAGUUCUUACACUCUGGAAAUGACAAAGAUAAAUUCAAGUUCUUUUUUAAGGCAACCCUUCUUCAGCAAGUCAAUGAUCUUCUUCAAAGUAUCUACGAAAACUUGAAAGCUGCAACAGCGAUAGUCGAUGAAAUGGAGGACCUGAUUAAACCAAUAGAAAAAGAGAUCACCGAGUUGCGUAGAAAAAUUAAGAGUAUGGAACAAGUUGAAGAAAUAGCUCAAAAAUUGCAGCAGUUGAAAAAGAAGCUGGCUUGGUCAUGGGUAUAUGAUGUGGAUAGGCAGCUCCAGGAGCAGACUGAGAAGGUUGUGAAGCUCAAAGACCGUAUACCUACUUGCCAAGCUAAAAUAGAUUGGGAACUGGGUAAAGUGGAAGCGUUAAGGGAUCGCUUGAACAAGAAGAAAGCGCAAGUUGCAUGUCUGAUGGAUGAAUCAACUGCAAUGAAGAGAGAGAUAGAGAGUUUUCGCCAAUCAGCCAAGACGGCUGCACGAGAAAAAAUUGCUCUACAAGAAGAAUUCACUCAUAAGUGCAAUUAUGUUCACAAGAUUAAGGACCGUGUUGGCAAGCUUGAACGGCAGGUUGAAGAUAUCAAUGAACAGACAAUGAGAAACACACAGGCUGAACAAUCUGAAAUCGAGGAGAAACUAAAAUAUUUGGAGCAGGAGGUUGCGAAAGUUGAAAAUUUGCUUUACAGAUUGAAAGAGGAAGAGAACUCAUUAAUGGAAAAAGUGUCAGCUGGAAGGAGAGAGCUCGAACACAUCGAGGAUAUGAUUAGAGACCAUCAGAAGAAGCAAAGAUUCAUAAACUCUAACAUUAAUGAUCUGAAGAAGCAUCAAACAAACAAGGUUACUGCAUUUGGAGGGGACAAAGUCAUUCCCCUUCUGCGGGUUAUUGAGAGAUAUCAUAAUAGAUUCAGAAAGCCACCAAUUGGACCUAUUGGCUCCCAUGUGACGUUGGUUAACGGCAAUAAAUGGGCUUCUGCAGUUGAACAAGCUCUUGGAAACAUACUAAAUGCCUUCAUUGUGACCGAUCAUAAAGAUUCGCUCACUCUAAGAGGUUGUGCGAAUGAAGCUGGUUACAGAAACCUUAAGAUUAUCAUCUAUGACUUUUCGAGACCAAGGUUAAACAUACCAAGGCACAUGGUUCCUCAGACAGAACAUCCAACUAUUCUCUCUGUCUUGCAUUCUGAUAAUCCAACAGUUCUUAACGUCUUGGUGGAUGUGAAUAGUGCUGAGAGGCAAGUGCUUGCAGAGAACUAUGAGGUGGGACAGGCUGUUGCCUUUGGCCAAAGGCUCUCGAACCUUAAGGAGGUUUUCACUUUAGACGGAUUCCGAAUGUUUUUUCGUGGGUCAGUUCAGACAACCCUUCCUCUUUCUCGUAGAGCUACGCGACUCUGUGCUUCCUUUGAUGACCAGAUCAAGGAUCUAGAAUUAGAUGCCUCAAAGGAACAGAGGGAGAUAAGUCAAUGCAUGAGUCGUAAGAGGGAAGCGGAGGGGAGUCUCGAGGAACUUGAGAUGAAAAUGCGCUCGCUGAAGAAGCGCCGCAGUCAAGAAGAGAAUGGUUUGACGAAAAUGGAAUUCGAGAUGCAAGAUUUAAAGAAUACAGUUGCUGCCGAGACCGAAGCAUUACACUCUUCAAGUGUUAAUGAGCUUCAACUGGAUAUCAUGAAAGGCCGAGAAGAAAUAGAGGAGAAAGAAGCUUUGCUAGAGAAGCUCCAAAAUAGCUUGGAAGAAGCUGAACUUAAGGCUAAUAAGCUUAAAGCUUCAUUUGAGAACUUAUGUGAUUCAGCUAAGGGUGAGAUUGAUGCCUUUGAGGAAGCAGAGAAUGAGCUUAAGAAAAUCGAGAAAGACCUUCAGUCUGCAGAAGCGGAGAAAAUCCAUUAUGAGAACAUAAUGAAAAACAAGGUCCUACCUGAUAUUAAGGAGGCUGAGGCUAAUUACGAGGAGCUUCAAAAUAAGCGGAAGGAAAGCGACCAGAAGGCCUCUGAAAUUUGUCCUGAGAGUGAGAUACAAUCUUUGGGUCCCUGGGAUGGGAGUACUCCUGAGCAACUCAGUGCUCAGAUCAACAAAAUGAACCAGAGACUUCAUCGAGAGAACCAACAGUUUUCUGAUUCGAUCGAGGACCUUAGGAUGAUGUAUGAGAAACUAGAACGAAAGAUUGCAAAGAAGCGCAAAGCCAAUCAAGACUCUCGAGACAAACUCACGGCCUGUAAAGCUGCUCUAGAUUCGCGGUGGGACAAGUUCCAAAGAAAUGCAACUCUUCUUCGGCGGCAGUUAACAUGGCAAUUCAACGCUCACUUAGGAAAGAAAGGUAUCAGCGGACAGAUCAAAGUCAGUUAUGAACAUAAAACUCUGUCCAUAGAGGUUAAGAUGCCUCAAGAUGCAACAAGCAAUUCCGUACGAGACACCAAAGGUCUUUCAGGCGGAGAACGUUCUUUCUCGACUUUAUGCUUUGCAUUAGCUCUUCACGAGAUGACGGAAGCCCCAUUUCGAGCUAUGGAUGAGUUUGAUGUGUUUAUGGAUGCAGUGAGCCGGAAAAUCAGCUUGGACGCACUUGUGGAUUUUGCAAUUGCACAAGGAUCGCAGUGGAUGUUCAUCACUCCUCAUGAUAUCAACAUGGUGAAGUCGCACGAGAGGAUAAAGAAGCAGCAAAUGGCAGCUCCUCGUUCUUGA